AUGUCAAAUCAAACAUCGGGUCUUCAAAAAUUAGUACAAGAGUUAUUAGAAGUUUCCAAGACUCUAAUCUUGUUGGGCGACGGAGCUGACUAUCAUCGAACAGUGUGCAAGUCGUUAACUGAAAUUGCUAAGUUCUGGCAGGAACGGUUUUUAGCGAGCGAUCCAGCUGGGAAAAGCGACAAAGUGAUAGCGAGUUACAUAAAUGUAUUGCGAGAGGUUACUGAGUAUGUAAAGGAAGUUAGAAAGCCUGGGAGUUUCAGUCAAACAGCUCUUGUUAAUUUGAAAAGGGCAGCAAAGUCUAAUAAUGCAUGUAUCGCGUCGUUAUUGAUUGUCAAAGAAGAUUUAGGCGAGAAAAUGAAAAAUGCAGUAAUUCCAUUAAUUGAUUCAGAUAAAGUAAUGAGCGAAAACUUUAGUAAUACCAAUUCGCAUCACAAAGACUUUGAUACUUUAAUUUUAAUGAUGUUCCUUUCAAAAGGCGCUAAAAUUCAAGAUAGUGGUGAAUAUGAGAUCAAUCUAAAUCCUUCAAAGUUCGAGGAUUCAAUAACCGAAGUACCAAAAGAACGUGACUGGAUCAAAUACGUUAUAGAAAUAUCAAAGGCUAAUGAUCAUUUUAACGUACCGGUAGAGAAAGGGAUAAAGCAGAAGGUUUUUGAGGAGCUAAAAAAGAAAAAGAAGAAAGAAUUUUUUACCAGUUCAGACUCUCAUUUUGAUGGAGAAAAGACUUUGUUCACAAAAAAACCUAUGAAUAUGCAAAACAACAUUAUUAACACGUCAAUAACAUUAAGUCAUAAAGAUAAAGAUAAAGCGACCGAAUUUAAUAUUCGUAUAAUUAAACUUCAUGAUCCAAAGGAUAAUAUAGAGGUUCAAAAAAGAAUUUAUCAAGGAAAAAUAGUUACUGUGAGAAAAAUAAAUAAUGUCGAUCAGAAUAACUAUCAAAGCUUUCAAAGAUAUUCGAGGAUUAUCAACUUGUUAUCAAGGAAUAAUCAUAUUGAAAAAUAUUACGGUACGCUUAAAUCCAGUAAUGGACUGUAUGUGGUCAGUGAAUGGGUCGCAAAUGAUAAUCUUCACAAGUAUUUAAAAAACGAAAAAAACAUUUCAUGGGUUAUAAAGCUCAAAUUAGCCGAAGGAAUUUCAUCUGGUCUAACAUUUUGCCACGAAGCAGAAAUUUUAUAUAAUGAUCUAUCGAGCGAGAACAUCUUGUUAGACGAUAAUAUCAACCCAAAGCUCAGUAAUUUUGGAUUAUCUCGUAUUACUAACCCUGGACGGAUAUCACUUGCUGGACAACCAACGGGUAUUCGAUAUGCUGCACCAGAACUAAUAUUAGAAUAUCAGAUCCCAUAUUCAAAAGCGAUGGACGUAUAUAGGUAG